GCCAACCGCCGUUAAACCCAUCAAAGAAGAGCCACACACAGCGGAGCAGGGAGAGAGGUCGUUCCUGCGGAGGUAACCAUGGCAAUGACGGGCCAGAGUUCCUGCUCCUCGAUGAGUAAUCACACCAAGGAACGUGUGACCAUGGCCAAGGUGACCCUGGAGAAUUUCUACAGCAACCUCAUCGCUCAACAUGAGGAGAGAGAGAUGAGGCAGCAGAAGUUGGAAAAGGUGAUGGAUCAAGAGGGCUUGGCUGAUGAAGAGAAGCGUAUCCGGCGCUCCCAGCACGCCAGGAAAGAGACUGAAUUCCUGCGUCUCAAACGAACCCGCCUGGGGCUGGAGGACUUCGAGUCCCUCAAGGUGAUUGGCCGAGGAGCUUUUGGAGAGGUACGUCUGGUGCAGAAGAAGGACACAGGUCACGUGUACGCUAUGAAGAUCCUCCGCAAGGCCGACAUGCUGGAGAAGGAGCAGGUGGGCCACAUCCGUGCUGAGAGGGACAUCUUGGUAGAGGCUGACAGUCUGUGGGUGGUUAAGAUGUUCUACAGCUUCCAGGACAAGAUGAACCUCUACCUCAUCAUGGAGUUCCUGCCUGGCGGUGACAUGAUGACCCUGCUAAUGAAGAAGGAUACUCUGACAGAGGAGGCCAGUCAGUUCUACAUCGCUGAGACGGUGCUAGCCAUCGACUCCAUCCACCAGUUGGGCUUCAUUCACAGAGACAUCAAACCUGACAACCUGCUACUGGACUCCAGGGGCCAUGUGAAGCUGUCUGACUUUGGUCUUUGCACAGGUCUGAAGAGGGCGCAUCGUACCGAGUUCUACAAGAACCUGAAUCAUAGCCUCCCCAGUGACUUCAGUAAGCAAACAUUCAAUAACAUGAACUCAAAGAGGAAAGCAGAGACAUGGAAGAGGAACCGUAGACAGCUGGCCUUCUCUACUGUGGGCACCCCUGACUACAUCGCCCCUGAAGUCUUCAUGCAGAACGGAUACAACAAGCUCUGUGAUUGGUGGAGCCUUGGAGUCAUCAUGUAUGAGAUGCUGAUAGGCUAUCCCCCGUUCUGCUCAGAGACCCCCCAGGAGACCUACAGGAAGGUGAUGAACUGGCAAGAAACACUGACUUUUCCCCCUGAAGUGCCCAUUUCAGAGAAAGCUAAGGACCUCAUCCUCAGGUUCUGCUGUGAGGAGGAGCACAGGAUCGGAGCCACUGGAGUGGAGGACAUUAAGGGCAACGCCUUCUUCGAGGGGGUGGACUACGACCACAUCAGAGAGCGACCCGCUGCCAUUCCCAUUGAGAUCAAAAGCAUCGACGACACGUCAAACUUUGACGAGUUCCCAGACUCUGAUAUCCUCCAGCCGACAGCUGCCCCUGUGGUGUCCAACCAUUCUGAGGCAGACCUCAAGAACAAGGACUGGGUCUUCAUCAACUACACCUACAAGCGCUUUGAAGGCCUCACAGCCCGAGGGGCUAUCCCCUCCUACAUGAAGACGGGGAAGAGAUGAAUCCUUCCUUUGUUUCCUCACUCACUCUACCUGCCCCUCAGACUGGCAUUCAAAUGGGAUUCCUCAUGGAUCCCAACAUCCACUCCUCUCCCAAACUCCAUUUUGGAGGUAGAAACUAAAUGACCCUAUUCAAGCUUGUUGAAGGGGUCCGUCAUAAUUGGGACUAUCCCAUGUGUCUGAUCCUGCUGAAGAGACCUUUCUCCUUCCUUUGCAGGGGACUUGUAGGGCUCUGUGUACUGUGUAGAGAAGUGUGACCUACUCCAACUCGAGUUUGUCUAUCUAAAAAAGCCAUAGAGUUGUGCUGGAAGGUAUGGACAGUGAUUGUUUUCUAUGUGAAAACUCACAUGCCAUUCCACCCCAGGAUUAAAGUUCCCAGUGUAGGAUCCACCAAUGAGCAGUCUUGGAGGUGUUGCUAUGACCUUAGUUUGGGGACCAUUUCUCGUAGAUCUCCACUAGCAUCGGUCCAACUCGGCCAAGACUGAUUCUCUAUCCUUCAGUAUCCCAAGGGACUGAACCAAGAUACCAGCAUAACCGGUCACCUUAGGGGCCAGAGCCCAUUUUCACAUCAGAAGAACACACUUGACUGGCUAUACCAGCCUUCUUCACUUCUUCCUCCACAAACAGGCAUUGAAGUCUUUAAGUUUAGCUGGGCGACCACCAGCAUGGCACUAGGAUCCAAUAUGCCUCACUUUUCUUUCAAAGGGCUAGCUUUUCUCUCUUCAGUUUCUUUCUUUUUUCCACACACACAAUAGAAUUUAAUCUUUUUAGAAAUGAGUUCCGCCAUUAAAAACAUUAGAAAUAGUGUAAUUUGACAAACUAAUGAUGCUUUUCAGGGAAUAUAUCUCAAUGUUUUUCAUGUGUUUUUAGGGAGCUCUCUACUGAAGUAUCUUGGAUGAUGGUGUUUCGGACCGGUUGCCUGUUGCAACAAGGCAACUCAUAACCAAAAACAAUGAGAGCUGAGAGUAAUUGUUGUAACUCUUCAGUCUAAUUUGAGGGUUUCAAUGGAAUUGCUUUGUCUCCAUUUAAUUGUCACUUCCCUACUGCCAAUGGUGGAGCUGUUGCAUGGACUUUGGCAAGUGUUUAUAGCAAUAUAAUCGCCUCUCUUGAAUACUAUUCCAUUUGAAAUGGAACUACCCCUUCCAGAAGCCCACAUUUUUAGGGUCUUAGUUUAGGUUCUUAGUUUGACAAUCAUCCACUGUUAAUAUUAGCACCUUCAUGCUCUCCUUCAACUCAAUUGAUUUACCAAUACUCGUGGAUAUGUCCUUUAGCUAGAGAGCAAAAUCAAAUACAAAAAUAUGUUGAAUGUACUGAUUGAAUGCUAAAAUGUGGUGCAUGUACCAACCUUUAUUUAUGGUACUUUUGGUGCAUGGACCUUUGGAGUAGGGGAGCUAUAAGUAAGGCCAAGAUAUUGAUACUCUUAUCUUUCCUUGUCUUUUUUUUGUCCUGACCACUGGUCUGUAAGGGCUUGGUAGGUGAGGUGGCAGAGCAAAUUUGUUCAGCGGAUAUGUAAGUUACAGAGAAUAGAAUAGGAGCAGCAUUUAGAGUAUUGAGACACUCAGGCUCUGUGACCCUAGGUUAGGGUCAUUAACACACCCUUUCCACUUCCUGUCUUGUCUAUAGUUCCGUCUCUUCCUGUUGCUUGGCUAUUUCUUAGCAAAAGUACUUUAAACAUUUGUCUGGCGUUUUGUGUCAAGGAUAUGCCACCUGGUAUGUCCUUACUUUUCAAGAGGCUAAGAGGUGUGAGUGAGAAACUCGACCUUAACUCUGUAAAUAGGGCUAUAUGCGACUCACUGUUCUUAACACAAUCCCAAAUGCUGUCAUUUGAAUCGAAUGUAAUCCCAAGGUGUAGUUGAAGAUGAAUUUAAUGCCAUGUUAAUUCCAAAAUGCUGUAAUUUGAAUGGAAUGUACCUAAACCACAGGAGUGGUAGGUUUGUCACACGGUGAAGAUGUCUGGUAUUUUGUUAAAUAUCUGUACGGUGUUCUGGGUAGUUCAGACUACUUGCUGAGAUUUAAUAUCCAGACUUUUUUUUGUAGUUUUUACGACUGAGCGACAGAACUGAUUUUGAGACUGGUCUCACCUUUUACUGAUGCUUGGUGCCCGAAUGAUCCUGUUGUAAUUCCGGGUUUAACAAGUAUUGAGCGGAUGAGUUGGCAAAGUGCGAAUAACGUUUUGGAAUAUUUGUAUUUUAAAUGUAUGCUGCUUGGUGUGUGAGAUUUGCAUGUCUUUAGAGGAAUGGGUGAUGUGCUCAGUAAAAAUAAGAUGCUGAAAUAUGUUGUGCUCGAUUAACAAACACUGAUAAGGUGGGUGCUCUUUUGUAGAUGUCAUCCAACUGUGUGUGUCUGCUGUUAUUUCCCCCAGGCACACAAGGUGUGGGAAACAGGAUGUACAAACCUUUUUAUAGGGAACAUUCAAUCAAAGGUAGGGGAAGUUGUAUUUAAUCCACUGUGGUGUGGGGUUUCUAUUGUAUAUUUUCUGCCAUUUCACAUUGAAUAACUGCACUUAAUGUCUGUGGUGUUUCCGUUUGUACAGCAAAAUAAUGGGCCGCUCUGAAAUCUUUGUUUUGUUGGGUGAGGGAAUGUCAUUUCACUGGUUGAAUGGGCAAGCUAGCCACGUGCAGGAGUUACAUUUUCUUCUGGAAAUUAUUUUAUCUGACAAACUGAGGUGGAAUAAUGUAAAUGGUGAAGAAAGGUCUUAAUUAAAUAUUCAAACAUCCCUUGCUCCUCAAGACUCAUUAACAACCCUUCGCCAAGAGCAAUGUUUUCAUCCAAACGGGAGAAGGGUGAGGUUGUCUUUUUUUUUUUUUUUUGACCAAAGCGAACCCUACACCACAAACGGGGCUAGGAGUAAAGUUAGCAGGACCCACCAGUUUCUCAAGCCCCAUCAUGUAAAGUCACCCAGUCAUUGCUCCGUCAUCUCUCAAUAGUGCAAAGCAGUUCUUACAGGGCUGUUGUCAUGCAUGCAACCAUUUAAACAGCGUAAAGUAGUCUUUGUGUAAUAGAUGGCACAUUCCACCUGUGAAAACUAACAUGGUUUUCAGAGAAUUUUUCAGUGUUCCCCAAAGGUGCUACUAGGCAGCAUCUCUGGUUAGAUUUGGAAGCUAGUAGCCUACUACCAUAGAGGAUUAGAAACUACAUGGUUGAGAUGUGCAUUUCACCAUGUAUCCUUUCAGUAUGUUAAGGCAGAAAGUGGCUAAAUUGUGUGGGUAUUGGUUCUCCAGUUAGUUCAAAGGGCACAUUUAUUUUGCCAGUCAAUGGCAGACCGCUUGUUUCACUUCUGGUAGAAAUACUCACCUCCCUAUUAUGGUGGUAGACCUUUAACAGCAUUAAAUAAAACACCUAGGACUAUGUUGAA